GCGGCUUAUCUAGACUGCAGAAUUAUCUGAUGUGAGUGGCAAAUAGAGUACCCAAUACCUGCGGGUGCCAUCCCUUCUUCUCGACGAAAGGGGCCUUCAGCUACUGUUCUCUCGGCCUUCAACAAAGGUGCCAACACCCCUACAUUGGAUGGCAAUGAUCGAACCCCUCUCCAUAGCGCCGUUCGAAAUGGACAAAUAAGUGAUAUUCGUCGGUUACUUGGCCAGGAAGCAGACGUCAACGCAGUUGAUAAAGAUGGCCGAACCCCUUUCCAUGAGGCCGCUCGAUUCCUAUCAACAGAAAAUUUUUCUCUGCUGCUUAGUAUGGGAGCAGAUAUCAACGCAGUCGAUAAAGAGGGCCGAACCCCGCUCCACGAUGCUGCACGAGCUGGAUCUGCAAGUGUUGUUGAUUUACUCCUCGAUCGCGGAGCGAUUGUUGCUGUGGUCGAUAAAAAUGGUCGGACACCUCUACAUGACGCCAUCAGGACAAGAGUAUCCGACAUUGUCUGUGUGAUUGUUUCUCACAUCGCAGGCACCCAAUACGCGAAUCAGCUACAGCUUCGUUCCCAACGAUUUAUUAGCGACUAUCCCCUAUUCGGCUCCGCUUAUGAAGGAUGUGUGAGUGUUGUUUCUAUCUGGGUCCUACCUUGGAAUGGGGAGGAAAUUUACAGAAGUUGUGAUAGUGAUAUCGGCAACAUUCUGACUAUUUCGAGAAUAGAACCACGGAGCGACAGGUUCAUUGCCAGGACGGUAUCCGAGUACCUUGUUGAAGUAUAUCCUACUUUUGGGCCGGGGCUUUUACAAUGGAUCACCCAGAUAUGUUCAAGCUCUGCGCGGCGUGCAUCGCCACAAUCCAUUGAAACUAAUGAGGCACGAAGUUGCUCUCUGCAGCAAGCUCCAAGCGGUGCGAUACUAGACCCAUUCAAUGACGCUAAGCAUACUGUAUUAGUGAAAGGCCUCCUAGAUGCUCAAAACCUAGUAGUUACAGUAUCGACCUUUCCCGAAACGCCUAUACAGAACGUUAAAGCUGCUUUAGUGUGGAUUCUUGCAGUUCUUCAAAACCCAAAGCGGAAGAAUGGCAUUUCUCAUCUGCUGUUGGAUCAGAACUCUCUUGAUGAAGGAAUACCCUCACCUGUAGCAUUUGAGCACCAAGAUUCUCAAAACUACUGUUGGUUAGAGCUGUUCGAUAGUGUUACUAUAAUGGACAUCACACUUCCAACUGUGCCUCCGAUCGAUUCGAUAUCCGAAGGCUUAGAGAUCAGGCCAGAUAUUCUCAUCGAACUUGCCAAAGUUGAUAGAGAGGAUAGGAUAUUUGGAGAAGUCCCAAUACUGUACGGCUUCGACACAGCUCUUGUUCCACUCGAACCUGGCGAAGGUCGACGGUGGCACUUGCUAGUAACUGAGGGGAGACAAAUAACUCCUCAACGUGCGGAGAAAGAGUUGAUAAAGCUCGGUCUCGAUGGUAAGUUGCUGAAAGGAACCAUCGGUGAUGGUAACGUCUACGUUGGUUGGUGUCCGAACUUUCUCGUCAGUAUAUACUCGGACUCGAUGAAAGUAUACAAGGACUGCAUCGCCAAGUCUUCUGGUGUUUUGCCAUCUGGAAGAGUGGAAGAACAAUCAGAGCGGAGUCGGGGUAGGGAUAUCUCGUUCCCACUUCGAAUCGGUUGGCCGGGAUCUUCUUUUGGCAUUUCCCCCGGCGCAAAGUGGGAGAAAAAGUACAAGACUACUAUCGUUAUUGCUCCACGAAAGAGAGAGUCCAAUUUUGAUAGAGUGCUUUCAGAAGCGUCGAACAUACCCUCUAUCUUGUGGGACAAUGACGAGAAGAUAGCAUGGCUGUUCCCAGUGGUCUCGGUCUUGGCUUUUGCUUCGCUCCGCUACAUCGAGUCCAUGCGAUAUGGGUUCAAGACGCAGGACGGCAGAGGGGCUGGAGUUUACUAUCUCAAUUACGGAUCCAUGGAUGAGAGGAACACUGCCGAAGAGGCCGAAAACAUCCUCAGACAGAAUGGACCCCUGAUCGCUGAUACAGUCAAAGGGUUCAAGGUAAAUGAACCAAUGACAUUUGAGGCUCUCGUGAGAGAUAUAUGGGAGAAGAUGUGCGAUGGGGAGGAUCUGUGUAUUGACGAAAUGACCGGCCUCAACCGUCACGACGACCGAGGCAUCUUCGGAUACGAUCUCAGCGAAGCGACUUCUGGGACACGUCCUCAGCUUAGAAAGCUGCAUUAUCUUCCAAGCAUGAAAAAGUGGAGUCCUCUUCUCCAAGUCCGCCGCGUACAGGUGAUCUUCUCACAUCAUGUUGGGACUUCACUAAGUUGUAGUUGCAGCCCCUCGCAUCUACAGCCUACAACACAGGGGGCCUUGACCUGCGUUCUUGCAGAUUUACGAAGGUUUUAUGGAGAGGGCUGGAAGACUGUAGCCACAAACUUGGACUUAACGGGGCUACCGAUUGGGGAAGAUUUUGAGUGGAUACCGGUAAGACGGAAUGGUGUCGACAGCCAUCAAGAAAUGCAGGCAAUCACGGAAAAAAUGCACAAAAGGCUGAAGAAAAGGUCUGUCAACGGCCCUAUGACGAAUUCACAAAGAAUACAGUGGGAAAGGUACCAGCUCCAUCGGCAGUAUCUGGUUUCCUUUGGUUAGAGACCGCGAAUGAAAAUAAUGGCUGUGCAGAAGUAGAGGGUGGGCAGCUAGAAUUUGAUGUUCACAAAUGUACCUAGGUAGAUUGUUCCA